UGAAGAUGGAGGUCAUAUAUUGGCACAACAUUAAACUGCCAUCCUUGACCUUGGUCUUCUCCAAAUUCCUAAAUCGACUCCACAUUAACUGUAUAUGCGUUUUAAACAUGGUACUGACUCCAAUAUUUCGCCUAGAACAAGAUGAAAAAAAACUUAAAGUCAUCAUUCAUGCUCCACUAGCUAAAAUAUCUGAAAUGGAAGUAUGCGUUGAAGAACAAACUUUUUAUUUUGACUCCUCCCCGUACUAUCUCAAAUUCGAUAUUCCAGGUUCUGUAUUAACGGAUGAAGAUACUUUUGACUAUGAGCUCAUCGACGGUGACAUACACAUUACAUUGGAGAAGUCUAAACCAGGACUCUUCAAGGAUUUAGAUUUAAUCACAAAAUUGUUGAUAACUUCGUCUGAAACAAAGCCGUCCAAGUGUUUGAUUGAAGAAUUGAAUGAUACUGUUGAACAACAAAAGUGUUGGUCAUUGGACUGGUUUAGCGAUUCAAAAAGUAUAAGUUCAACGCCAGAAGAUGUGGUUCUUUCUAACCCAACUUAUGGUUUUAGUGGUUCCAAAUCUGGACUGUUCCAAGUUGAGUCUGAUUUAACACAUGCAGUGGAUCUGCCUCAUCCAGAUUCGGUUGAUGUUUUCAAACGAUCAGAGCUUAGAAAAGUGGAUGAAGAGAAGAAAUUUCUUGUCGAUCAUUAUCUUGCUGAUUAUUUCGAAUCGGACUCAUGGAUUCAUAUGAAAAACAUUGAUUUACCAUGGUCUAUUAAUAAUAAUACUAAUAGUUUACCAGAAUUCUCAUCUGAUGAACGUCAUCGUCUAAUCACUUUAUCAACUCGUCGACUUCCCCUUCAACCUGAUAAUGCUUUGGAAGAAAAAAUGAUAUAUUUAGGCCUACUCGAUCUAUUAUUUGCUUAUAUAUAUGAUUACAGAGUUCGUGAAGGUGAGACGAUGUCCGAAUCCGGUUGGAAUAUAGUGAAACUUGCAGCUACACUUUCAUGGUUUGAGGUUUAUCAUUCCUUACCGGAAGUUGUUGUGUCAUUCUAUAGACGUGCUUUAACUUAUCCCCUUGUACGAAGUUGGAGAUUUUGCACACUUAUCAAACGCGAUGCUUCUUAUCUUUUACAGCAUACUAAUACCAAACAAUGGUGUUUGAAGUGUCUAUUAGAAAUUCGUGAAUUUUUGAUCGCCUAUCCUGGCUAUCAUGUAUUCGCUGAAUUAUAUCUAAAUGAUUAUAUUGUAUGGAUUCAGACGCGAGCAUGUGAGUCAAAUUUACAUGAUCUUGGCAAAAGUUUAGAAGAAUUUAAAAUGAAAAAAGAUUUUGUCGAUUUGAACUUGAAACAAAUUGAACAACUUGGUCAUGAAUGUUUAAAAAUGGAAAAACUACAAGAUUCAUUAAAACAAAUGUCAUUUUCUAUGAAUGACAUCGAAGAUGAAAAACCGAAACCUUUACAAACUUAAACUGAAAAAUGUUCAGAAAUUCUUUACACACUUUCCCUUUUGUACAUUUAAAAACUUAUUUUAUUUUCUUGUAUCCCUGUUUCUUUGAAACUUACAUUUCUAUAUUAAACUAUAUUUCAUUCAUCGAAAUAAAUUUAUCUAUAACUAUAGUGGAA